AUGAAUGAGCGAAACUAUUCAGCGAAAUAUCAUCUUGAAUUAUGUAUGAAGGAAGAUUUGGAUUAUUCAGUUGGUAAAUCGCAUCUUCGCCUCGCUUCGCUCUACAACGAUUAUGAACAAUUAUCGGCUGAUCUAUGCGAAUUACAAUUUAGCAUAAAAUGGAAUCGAGCAAAUGAAGCUGCCGUUGUUUUAGAACGAUUAGUUAAAUCUCAUUCAUCCGAUGCGGUAUGGACUCUCAUUCACAAAAUUUUUUUGAAAGGAUCAUCAUGCGCUGUUUGUUCUGAACGAGAAAUCUUCACAGUCAUUACUCCAGAACUUUAUGAUAGUAUCGUUGGUGGAUUGACGAAGCGCUUUGAUAGUGAUGAAUCACUAAAAAUUAAAAUGCUUUUAUUUGGACUUGAAGUUUUAAUGGAGGAUAAAUUAAAUAGAAUUGUUAAUCGUGCUUUAACUUUCUUCACAGAACGGGCGAAUAUUGAUAAGGAUCUUGAUAGUGGUGCUGGUAAAUAUCAUGUCAUUUUGGGUGUUAUCGUUGCAAAAUUACUGAAUAAUCGUAAUUUAUCACAGAUAUCUCCCAGUCGCCUGUAUAGUGUCAUUGCUAUAACGCUAAAUGUUGCAGUCGCUUGGCCUCUCCAUGAUGAUAAAUGGUUCGAAAUAUUAACGAACAUAUCACCCCUUUACCUCACUGAUGCUAAUAACUAUCAUCAGGAUCGUUGGUAUAUACUAAGCGGAUUGAUUGAUCGAUAUAUUCAAACGUUUGAAAACGAUAUUACAAUUAAUCUGCAGGCAAAUUUAAAAUAUCCAAGUGGAUGUGGUGGACUUGUCAAAUGUUUCGAUAAAGUUAUAACUUUGAAAACGGAGACAAAAAAAUCUGUAUUAUUGUUCUUCGUGUGGUUGGCAUAUUGUAUCUGGAAAACAUUUAAUCAGGGCAAUUUUCUUGCUUGGAUCCCUGAAAAUGAUUGGUCUGGUGAUGUUCAUAAAGUGAUCCAAAGUAAGGCAGAUGUUGGGCCUGAUAAGCCAACACUUACAAAGAGAGCUCGUACUAAAGAUCGUAGAGAUAUUGGUUCUUUCCCUAGUACCAGUGUACUUAAGAGGUCGAAAAAAGAGCUUUGUGAUUCCUAUGAACUUUGCAGUGCAACAAUUUUAGUUUUUCUGCAGUCUAUGAAUAUUGAACCCGAUGAACAUAUGCGUUUUGCUUCUUCUUUCCCAGAUUUAUAUCAAUUUGUUAGCGAAUCACUUUUAUUCGAACAUCGAGUCGACGAAGCUUUAACGCAUUUAAAUGAUGUUAUUGAUCACUCCAUUAAAGAUAGCAUCGCUUCUUCAAAGGUAUAUACUUCAACGGCAGUUAGCCAUGAUAAUGACUGUAUAUUAGGAUCAUUAAUGGUUUUGUCGCAGAUUAAUUUUGCCUGGAAGGGAUAUCUUUGUUUCAAUCGCAUAAUGCGAUAUGUUGAAGCAAAAGGGUCCUUGGUAUAUCCAGGAAUGUUGAAAUAUAUUACAAAUAUAGCUAUUCUGGAAGAAUUAGCCCGUGUGCAAGAGUAUUGUUCUGAAUAUGUUUCAGUUCAAAUUGCUUCACCUCAAGGCAACAGAAGAAUCGGUCAGUCAACUAGGCAUAGUGUUAGAGGAACGAAAGAUGGUCAAAAACAAUCGCUGGAAGAUCAAAUGAAGAGGUGGAGAGAGGAACCUGUGCAUGUCGUAAAAUCUUAUUUUAUUAAAAAUAAAGAAGAUAUAAUAAAAAUGCUCGAAAUUCGGUAG